AUGUUGGUAGUGACAACAAUGGCGACCUCCAACCUCAGAAGCGUGUCUUGGAACAACGCCGAUGAUUACGAGUCCGAAGGUGAGCUUCAUACUCGUGCCGUCAAAUUCCUGGACGCGGUCAACUGGGAGGCAUUGACGUCCCUCGCAUCGAAGCUACGGGAUGGCACUCGUUGUCGGAUCGAGCAACCAUACUCCAUUGGACACUUCAACAUGGUUCGUAGAAUCACUUUCACAGACGAUGUUAGCUGGGUGGCAAGAUUGCGGAUGCCCGAUCUCGAUGCCGUUUUUGGCUCGCGGGAGGGCCUCGACCCUACCAGCUUGAUGCGAGUGGAAGUCGCGACAAUGAAGUAUCUAAGCCGCAAUACGAGUGUUCCUGUGCCUGAGGUGUAUCAUUACGACUUCAGCCGAGACAACAGUAUCGGUGCGCCUUUCAUCCUGAUGAGCUACAUCCAUGGUAAUGCAGCAAGUGAGCUGCGACUACAAAAAGAUUGCCCACCCAGGCUGUUCGGUACGGCGGAGCAAGACAAGGCAUUUAGACGACAGAUGGCCGACAUCCAAGUACAAUUGGCUGCGAUUCAGUUUGAUCGUAUCGGUUCCCUUUAUGAGGAUGGUGACAAUUUCAUCAUAGGCCCGGAACCAGAGACUGGUGAUGGGCCGUGGGAUACCGCUGCCGACUACUAUAUCAGCUGGGUGCGUCAUAUUGUAGAAGUUGCUGAGCGGGAUGCCGACCCAGAAGUGAAGAAGAGGCCAUCGUUCAAAUUGCCCGAGUCAUUCCUCCCUCUGAUGCAUCAGUACAGCACCGACAUGACAAGUCGUGGCCCGCUCAGACUGGUCAAUCGAGACUUUGGUGCCCACAACUUGCUGGUUGACGACAAUUUCAACAUUGUUGGGCUCAUCGAUUUGGAUGGUGUCAUGGCAGCUCCAAUCGACUUGGUUGCUCAAUUCCCUACCCUCACAGGCCUAGACAGAGAGGUCCCCGGGCACAAAGAGACAAAGCCAGCUGCCAUCGAGCGCAUCGUGGCCACCAGGCCGCUGCUUGCCGAAUACCAACGCUUGUUGGCAUCAUCUCAGCAGCAGUCCGUUCCGGAACAUGAGAGUGCUGUCAGGGCUAUUCUCGCCGACCGGAUCACAUCAGACGGCGCCACCAUUGUCUAUGGUUUGACAAGAUUCGCAGGUCACCAAGGUUUCGUCAACGAUAAAUGGACGAAUGCCUUUGAAAGAUAUAUGGGCAGCAAGGCAAUUGACAGUGAUGCAGCUUCAUGA